UUUGUGGCGGUUGCAAUGGCUGGCGGGCAAGAGGGAAGUCCGGGCGGCGGUGUCCAGCACAGGAGCUGGGGUGCCAUCAUGGUCAACAAGCGGAAAAGCCGUGCUGUGAUCAACUGGUACAUGGAGGACAGCUGCAGUGAUGAGAACAUGGAUCAGGAGCUCUUGCCUCUAGCCAAACGGAAACGUAGUGACUCUGAGGAGAAGGAGCAACCUGCUAAUCAGCCUGCAGCUUCUUUGGACUCUGAAACAUCAGACAGUGAUGAUAAGUGGACAGCUGGAGGCUCAAAAAAUAAGAAAAAAAGAAAAAGUGGGAAGAUAGAGAAGAAGGGAACCAUGAAAAAACAGACAAAAAAAGCUGCUUCCUCAGCUAGCUCUGACAAAGACAGCUCAGCUGAGAGUUCAGCCCCUGAAGAAGUUGAAGUAUUUGACUUGGACAGUAACAGUUCCUCCUCCAGCUCAGAUUCAGAUUCUUCUUCUGAGGAUGAGGAAUUCCAUGAUGGAUAUGGAGAAGACCUCAUGGGAGAUGAAGAAGAUAGGGCCCGUUUAGAACAAAUGACAGAGAAGGAGAGGGAACAGGAACUGUUUAACAGGAUAGAAAAGAGAGAGGUGCUGAAGAGAAGGUUUGAAAUUAAGAAGAAAUUAAAAUCAGCCAAGAAGAAAGAAAAGAGAGAAAAAAAGAAAAAACAAGAACAAGAAAAGAAAAAACUUACACAAAUUCAAGAGUCCCAGGUCAUGUCCCAUAAUAAGCAGCGGCGUUGCAAGCGGGAUGAAAAACUAGACAAAAAAUCUCAGGCCAUGGAAGAACUGAAAGCAGAGAGAGAAAAACGGAAGACUAGAACAGCUGAGCUGCUUGCCAAAAAACAGCCACUAAAAACAAGUGGAGUUUACUCUGACAAUGAAGAGAAAGAGGAGGAUGAGAAGUUCAGUGAGAAGAGAGAUUGUUCAUCUAGGAUGACAUCAUCUGAUGAAGAGGAGGAAAAGGAAAAGGUUCCUCCAAAAUCACAGCCAGUUUCUCUGCCUGGAGAGUUGAACCGAGUGCGGUUAUCUCGGCACAAGCUGGAACGGUGGUGUCACAUGCCUUUCUUUGCUAAGACAGUCACAGGAUGUUUUGUACGAAUUGGCAUCGGGAACCACAACAGUAAACCUGUCUAUCGGGUUGCUGAGAUCACUGGUGUGGUGGAAACAGCCAAGGUUUAUCAGUUGGGUGGCACUAGGACAAAUAAAGGAUUGCAGUUGAGGCAUGGCAAUGCCCAGCGAGUAUUCUGCUUGGAAUUUGUCUCAAACCAAGAGUUCACAGAAAGUGAAUUUAUGAAAUGGAAAGAAGCGAUGUUUUCUGCUGGCAUGCAGCUCCCUACCUUGGAUGAAAUCAGCAGGAAGGAAGUAUCCAUUAAAGAAGCUUUGAAUUAUAAAUUCAAUGAUCGGGAUAUUGACCAGAUUGUAAAAGAGAAAGAGAGAUUCAGAAAAGCUCCACCCAACUAUGCCAUGAAAAAAAUGCAGCUUCUGGAGGAGAAGGCCAUGGCAGAAGAUUUGGGAGACCAAGACAAGGCUAAACAAAUCCAACAUCAACUGAAUGAGUUGGAGGAAAGGGCAGAGGCCCUAGAUCGGCAACGAACAAAGACUAUUUCUGUCAUCAGUUACAUCAACCAACGAAAUCGGGAAUGGAACAUUGUCAAGUCUGAGAAAGCCCUUGCGGCUGAAAGUCACAACAUGAAAAAUCAACAGAUGGACCCCUUCACUAGGAGGCAGUGCAAACCAACUCUUGUCUCCAAUUCCAGAGACCCUGCUGUUCAAGCUGCCAUCCUUGCUCAGCUGAAUGCAAAAUAUGGCUCUGGGGCAUUACCAGAUGCUCCAAGGAGAUGAACAAGUCAAGGAAAG